AUGAACCCAGAGAUUUGGGAUAGUGAUGGUGGUUCUACUUCAGAGUCAAGUGAUUUACCCAAUAUAGUUUCCUCUGAUGAGGAAUUGAAACCAUGGUUCCCUCCAUUUAAACUUCCACAGUUAAGCUAUGAAGUUCUGAUCCCCAAGCGAUGGUGUUACCUGAGGACAUCGGUUUUGAAGAGGUAUUGUCACAUUGUAAAGGUCCAGCUCCUGAGCCCUAUUCUCUUUGGUCGGCCUUACACGGACGAACUAUACAGGAACUGGGCUGUUCAAGCAGAGCUCAUCCAGCAUGAGGAUCAUGGUGUGCUGCAGGGCCUUGAUCUGAAAACGCUGAAGAUCAUCAAUCGUUUGGAAAAUGCACAUAGAGCCCUGCUUUUUUAUGUUAUGAAACGACCACUGCUAAUCCAGUUUGUUCGUGUUGUUAAUGAAAACCUUGUCCAGUGUUCCACUUUGGAAGAGGCAAUGAACGUCAUAAAGCAGCAAACGAUUUUUCGGGAUGCCUGGAAGAUGACAGUAGGAAAUAAAACACAAGUGGCUGCAGUCCUCGUAUUAACUGGGCUUCACUAUUUCAACCUUAUUAAACAAUAUUCUAUCGACCAGAAUGAUUUGUUUGAGCAAUUUGAAGAUCAGUGUCUUCAGGAAGAACAGCAAGCAAAAGUAUUUCAUGAACUUUGGGGAGCAGAUUUGAAAAAGCAGCAUUAUGAAUCAGCAGUAAAAUCUUUGAAUGAAGCCAUUGGUGUAUGUGCCUUCAACCAUUUGCUAUAUGAGAAAAGAUCUUACUGUUAUUUGCAACUGUGUCAAUACAAAAAAGCCUGGAGUGAUGCAAAACGAUGCACUGUCCUGAAACCUCAUUCCAUAGAGGGGCAUUAUCUAUUUGCGGCAGCUCUGUGUGGUAAAGGAUGGUAUACACGUGCUCUGAAGGCCAAUUCCCUGGCUCUUCAGGCAUGUCAGAGGAAACGAAUGAAUGUCAAAGGUUUGACAGAGCAGCGAGAACUCAUUCAAACUGAGCAAGUACUUUCAUCGAAAGAGAAAGAAAUUGAGAAUCAGAAGAGUGACAACACCAGUUUGAAGGAAAGCAGUGGUUCUGAGAGUUCUCCAGUUGAGGAGGAUGACGAGGAAGGCAAUGAUGAAUCCAGAGAAGAUGAAGCAGAGGUUGUGGAUAUUUGGUUGGAUGUCACUAAAGAUAAUGAUGUACAGGCAGAACAGGAGCAGAAUGAUCAAUCUCUCCAUUUUGAUAUUCCUUUCUUAUCGUUGAACUUCAAAGCUAGCAGCUCUGACUCUGAACAUGUUAGUUUUGAUGGAUUGAACCAAGGUCAUGGGUCAAAGAUGUUAUCCAGUGGACAUACUUCUGAUUCAGUCUGGCUCCAGCUUGAAAGAGGACCAGAGGGAUUUUACAGUUCCACAUAA